AUGCAUCGGGAUCGUUCUCGUCGAACUUCUCUCUACCUUUCCAGCACUUCUCCCGAGAAACGGUCCUCCUCAAUCCUCACCAGGUCGUCGUCGCCAUCGUCGAUCAGCUCCUAUUCUGACCUUGCCCUAACUGCUGACUCGCUCAGAGAACAAAGAAAUGGACACACAGUCGUUCUGGGUAUCUGUGCAAUGGAUAUCAAGGCUCGCAGCAAACCCAUGCGUGAGAUCCUCACCCGAUUAGUCGAGCGGGCAAGGGGUUCCAUCGAAGUCAAGGUUUUUGGCGACAAGGUUAUAUUGGAUGAAGCAGACGUCGAGAAUUGGCCCAGAUGCGACGUCCUCAUCUCAUUUUUCUCCACGGAUUUCCCUCUCGACAAAGCGAUUUCCUACGUCAAACUCAGAAAUCCUUUUUGCAUCAACGAACUCAUACCACAGGCCCUGUUGUGGGAUCGUCGACUCGUCGGUGCUGUUCUGGAUCACCUCAAGGUCCCAACUCCAAGACGUAUAGAAGUUUCAAGAGAUGGUGGACCCAAAGUCGAUGCAGAGCUACUGGACCUCAUGAAAAAGAAACUAGGGAUCACUCUUGGCGGGUUUACCGUCACUCCCGAAGUCAUCCUUCGUGAAGACGGAAACGCCCUAAUUAUCGAUGGCCAAGUCAUGGAAAAGCCUUUUGUAGAGAAGCCUGUCAGUGGAGAAGACCACAACGUAUACAUCUACUUCCGUGGGGGCGGUGGCCGCCGGCUUUUUAGAAAGGUUGGCAAUAAGUCGAGCGAACUCGAUCCUACACUCAAUCACCCACGAACGGACGGCUCCUACAUCUAUGAAGAAUUCGUCGACGUUGACAAUUCCGAAGACAUCAAAGUCUAUACUGUCGGCAAAGAGUAUACUCACGCGGAAACGCGGAAGUCCCCUGUUGUAGACGGGGUCGUGCGGCGAAAUAACGAAGGAAAGGAAAUCAGAUUCGUGACUCGCCUCACCGACGAGGAGAAGCUGUGGGCCAACAGGAUAUGUGAAGGUUUCGGGCAACGAGUCUGUGGCUUUGAUCUGCUUCGCAGCGAAAAUGGUGCGGUAAGCCAAGUCAUCGAUGUAAAUGGAUGGAGCUUUGUCAAAGGCAAUUCGUCCUAUUACGGUUCGUCUGUCGCUCUAAUAUCGCCAAAUACUAUUAUGGACCUUUCUCCAGACAAGGCAGCAGACAUUCUCGCAGCGCUAUGCAUGAGAGUGUCAUCGUCCAUCGAAAGACCCCUUCCAUCUGCAGCAGCGGGCACCGAAGAGUCUCCCACAUGGCUACUCAAAGCCAAUGUCACCGUUUUCCGGCACGCCGACCGCACGCCCAAGCAAAAACUCAAAUUCAAUUUCCCCAUUGGAGAACCCUGGACGCAGCCUUUUGUUACGCUCUUGAAUGGCGAAACGGAAGAAAUCAUCCUCCGCGAAAAGGAGCAACUGUCUUGGAUUGCGGCUGCGAUUGAGGAGGCUCGAAAUCUCGGUGCCGAUGGGGACGAGCUCAAUAAACUGACACAACUCAGCAACGCCCUGUUCAGGAAGAUCGACCUGCCGGGCACAAAGGCGCAGCUCAAGCCGGUAUAUUCUAAACGUCAAGCUGGUCAAGUCAGAAAACUUACCAAAUUGACGCUGGUAUUCAAAUGGGGUGGCGAGUUCACGCAUUCGGCUCGUUACCAGUCUCGCGAUCUAGGGGAAAAUAUGAAGAAGGAUAUCUCCAUCAUGAACAAGGAAGUCCUGCACAAUGUCAAGAUUUUCACGUCAUCUGAGAGGCGGGUCAUUGCGUCCGCAGAAGUCUUCGCAGCUGCCUUGCUCGACCCCCAACACCCAAGUUAUUCCACACCCACCUCUCACCAGGCAUCGGCGGAUAAGAAUACCGGCUUUAUCAACAAGAAUGUCCCUCAGCAGCAACAACAGCCCAACCAAAGUCCUCUCAAACUGAUUGUGAGGAAGGACCUGCUCGACGACUCGAAUGCCGCCAAGGACCUUAUGGACGAUGUCAAAAAGCGACUGAAGAUCCUUCUGCGUCCUGGGGAAUCGGAGAAAAGGCCCGAGUUAACGUGGCCGAAGAGUAUGAAGAAAGAACCGGUGGAAGUUGUCAAAGAAGUCAUAGAAUUGCUGAGUUCGUUCAGAGAUACCAUGCGGCGCAACUUCGAAACUCUUAAUGUGGAGGAAAUCCAGCAGAGAUGGUGCUGCGACGAUGCUCCUUUCUUAUUCCGUGAGCGCUGGGAGAAGCUGUUCGAAGACUUUUGCGACGUCAAACAAGAAAAGUUCGACCCAUCCAGGGUCUCCGAGCUGUACGACACCAUUAAGUACUGCGCACUCCACCAUCGCACCUUCCUCUUCGCGAUCUUCAAUGAGCAUGGGCAAACAGAUUUCCCUCCACAUCAGGACCGUAGAAUUCACGAGCUGUACAGUCGCGCCAAGGCCCUGUUUGACUUGGUUGCCCCUCAGGAGUACGGUAUCGAGCCAGAUGAAAAGGAGGAGAUCGGUGUUCUGACUUCGCUACCGUUGCUCCGAAACGUGGUUUCCGACCUCGAGGCCGCUCGUAACAACGGCGAGAGCGCUUGCACGCUCUAUUUCACCAAGGAAAGCCAUAUACACACUCUGGUCAACUUGGUGCUUCUAUCUGGUCUUCCAAUUGCGAAUAGAAGAAUACCGGAAUUGGACUAUGCCUCCCAUAUCACGUUCGAAUUGUACGAGCGCAACCACGGGCGAGGAAAGUCGGACAAGGAAUAUUCGAUCAAGAUCUCGUUGAGUGAAGGGGCUCAUUCGUCUAACGUCCUCGAUUCCACCCUCGACGCUAGACAUUCUCUGAACGUGCAGCCAAAGAGGAAACUCACUCAACACUUGCCAUACAGUCAAGUUAUCGAGAAGCUAUCGAAACACUUUCAUCGACUGGAAGAAAAGGAUAUGACCGAUGGUCCAUUUGAGACCAUUGAAACAACAGUGACUCCGACGGCGACUGUCCCCGAUGAAGCCUGA